AUGAGUGAACACCACCCACCGGGUGGAACCGAAUAUUCUCCGCCAGAUGUAAGUGGCCCCUUUUUAUUAAUACUCUGUCAUUAUCGAUUUUAGCAUGUUCAACAUGAAGAGACCGAAAAGAAGCUAGUUCGGUGGCGUACAGUGAAUCCUCAGAAAGGACCGACUCCAAGGUUCGCACUUUCUAAAUUAAUUCCUGUAACCGUGCUUUUCAGACCGAGACAUGGACACAAAGCGCUCACCAUAAAGGACUUGAUUGUGGUUUUUGGCGGUGGAAACGAAGGAAUGAUAGACGAGUUGCAUGUAUUCAAUACAGGUACGUUACUUGUUCUUAUUGAUUCCUUAUGCCCAUUUUCAGUGAAAAACGAGUGGGUAGCUCCCCAGAUUCACGGACAACCACCUCCGCCAUGUGCUGCAUUCGGAGCAACGUCCAUCGGCGUCAAGAUUUAUAUGUUCGGAGGAAUGGUCGAAUACGGGAAGUACACGAAUGAUCUGUAUGAGCUCAAUGCUACACGCUGGGAAUGGCGCAAGUUGAACCCCAGAGUGAUGGGCGGUACUGAAUUCCCAUGUGCUCGCCUCGGACACAGUUUCGUUGCUUCUGAGAAAUCACAGGUGAGAUCAAAUUUGGCGUGGAAGUUCAGCAUCGCAAUUUUCUCGUUUCCAGAUUGCAUAUUUGUUCGGUGGACUUUGCAACACGCUCAACGAUACCAGAAGAAACGCUCCGCGUUACCUGAAUGACUUGUAUACCAUCAGUCUGGCAGCUUCGUCGUCCAAUUUGGUCUGGGAGAUGCCAGAGGUGCACGGAGAGCCCCCGUGCCCUCGCGAGUCGCACACUGCUGUUCUUUACGAGACUGACACCGUCCGCCGAAUGGUCGUUUACGCCGGAAUGAACAGUUCGCGACUCGGAGAUUUGUUUUAUCUUGAUCUGAGCAAUAUGACAUGGACGGAGAUCAAGUUUGAGGAUCCACGGGCUGGAAUUCCUCCAGUGCCGAGAUCUCUUCACUCGUCGGUGUUAAUAGGAGAAAAGAUGUACGUCUACGGAGGAUGGAUCCCACUUACCGAACAGAUCGAUACCGAGAAUCUAAACGAGAAGGAAUGGAAGUGCACAAGCAGUUUGGGCUGCUAUGAUGUCGCUGAGAAUCGGUGGAUUCCACUCAAUCUCUACUCGUAUGAAGAAGAGGAUAUUCCACGUGGACGAUCUGGUCACUGUGCUGCUGCAGUCGGAGGUCGUAUGUACAUCUGGUCGGGAAGAGACGGCUAUCGAAAGGCUUGGAGUAAUCAAGUGUGCUGCCGUGACAUGUGGCUUCUCGAUACCGUGAAGCCAGCUCAGGCAGGAAGGGUUCAACUCGCUCGCGCAGGAUUCCACUCGCUCGAUCUUAAUUGGAAGCCAGUCGAAGGAGCUCAAUCAUACUUUCUGCAAAUCGGAUUUGGUGAUGCAAGAGAUGCGAUGACCCCGACGAAGGAAGCAGCUAAAAUGCGCGGACCGAUCACUCCACGGAAGCCACCUGCACCAACCCCGCUUCAGAAGGAGGGCGAAGGAGAUCCGAAGACCGGAUCUGUCAUAUCUACUCAGGGAACCACCUACACUGCCCCGGCGCCAUCGAAGCCAACGGCAGAUGAAGGAGGACUGCCUCAAGAUCUUUUCGAAGAUUCAGAGAAGAACGAGACCAACGCGUCGUCGCCAAAGGCAUCCGGAGACAGCCAACCAACUGAUUCUGAAUCCGCCGAGAAGAUUGAAGGGUCUGCAACUCAAGAAUCAACUGUCGACGAGAAGCCCAAAAAGCCAGAAGAACCACCAAAGAGACCGGAACCCGAGGACGACAUUCUUCCGUGGUUCGACGUCGGAAUCAUCGAUCAGACGUCAAUCAUCGUCACACACUACUUCAAUGACCGUCAGCAGCGUCUUGAAAAGCAACUGCACGAUCUGGUCAAUCAACAGGCCAAUAAAUGCAUUAAUGAUAAGUGCUACACUGCUGAAGACAAGGUCCCUCUCAUUAAUGGACAGACCUAUCGGUUCCGUGUGGCCGCCUUGAAUGGCUUGGGAAAAGGCGCUUGGAGUGAGACAUCCUCAUACAAGGUGAGUGAAAGGGUUAGUCACUCUGCUCGCCAUUCGAGAUGCACUCCGUCUUUUCAGACAUGCGUUCCCGGCUUCCCAAGUGCUCCUUCCUCCAUUCGGAUUACAAAGUCAUUGGACGGUGCUCAGCUCACAUGGGAGCCGCCAGGAAACGCUAGUGUUUCCGGAAAGAUUGUCGAGUACAGCGUCUAUUUGGCCGUCAAGAAUCAAGCGACCAACACCACUGACAAUCAACUCGCUUUUAUGAGAGUGUAUUGCGGACCACAGGCCGAAUGCCAGGUUCCGCAGGCGAAUCUGGUCACUGCCUACGUGGAUCAGUCCAACAAACCGGCCAUAAUCUUCAGAAUCGCCGCCAGAAACGAAAAAGUUUGUUCUCGUUUUAAUACUCGGACAUUUUUACAUUUUACUAUUUGUUUCAGGGGUAUGGACCAGCAACCCAGGUCAGAUGGCUUCAGGAUCAGCAGAAGAUGCCCGUCGGCCGCAGUUUCCCGCCGCAGCCAGUUCCACCAAACCCAGGAUUCCACUAUCAAAAUUCAGCUCCGCCACAGAAGAGAGCUCGCUUCGAGCCGUAA